UACAGAAUCUCAACAGUUUAGAUACAAUAUAGAGAAAUUAACGGUAGCUUCUUCGUAACACAACCAAGCGACAAGUUAAUAAGGAGACCGCUACGUGAAAUAUCACUUCAACUCCACACAUCUGAAGUAAACAACCUCUGUGUGUGUCCUGAUCGCCUGUAUCAGACUUCCCGCAGUGAAAAUAUCUGUCUCACACUAGUUACUCUCCAACCAGCCUGCUUAGAAAUUAAAGUAUGUUCCCGUACGGAGGGAUCUCGGCACAAAUCAGUGCUAACAGGCUGAAGGCAGAAGGGAUGGGCUCACACGAGCAGGCUGUUCACUUCCUCAACCAAGACUUUGAGGCCCUGAGACAGGAAUGCCUGGAGGGAGGCUGCCUGUUUGAGGAUCCUUGCUUCCCAGCUGAGCCUCCAUCUCUAGGCUUCAAGGAACUUAGCCCUUAUUCCUCCAAAACACAGGGUGUGGAGUGGUUGAGGCCCACGGAAAUCUGCGACAAUCCUCAGUUCAUCCUGGGAGGAGCCACAAGAACAGAUAUCUGCCAGGGAGCACUAGGUGACUGCUGGCUCCUAGCUGCCAUUGCCUCUCUGACUCUCAAUGAAACAUUGCUUCACAGAGUGGUCCCACAUGGCCAGAGCUUCCAAGAAGACUAUGCUGGAAUUUUCCAUUUUCAGUUCUGGCAGUUUGGGGAGUGGGUGGAUGUGGUUAUCGAUGACAGAUUGCCAGUUAAAGAUGGUGAGCUCAUGUUUGUCCACUCUGCAGAGGGAAACGAGUUUUGGAGUGCCUUGGUUGAAAAAGCCUAUGCCAAGCUUAAUGGCUCUUACGAAGCUCUCUCUGGAGGAAGCACCACAGAAGGCUUUGAGGAUUUCACUGGUGGGGUUUCUGAGAUGUACGAACUGCGAAAACCACCCAGAGACCUGUACCGCAUCAUCAGCAAAGCCCUUGAAAGAGGCUCGCUGCUUGGGUGCUCUAUAGACAUUACCAGUGCCUUUGACAUGGAGGCUGUGACUUUCAAAAAGCUUGUCAAAGGCCAUGCUUAUUCAGUGACUGGUCUUAAAGAGGUGGAAUUUAGAGGGCAAAUGGAGAGACUGAUCCGUAUCAGGAACCCCUGGGGUCAGGUGGAGUGGACAGGAGCCUGGAGCGACAAUUCUCCUGAAUGGGAUGAGAUUGAUCCAGCUGAGAGAGAGGACUUACAUUUGCAGAUGGAGGAUGGCGAAUUCUGGAUGUCUUUCAAAGAGUUUUUGCGACAGUACUCCAGACUGGAGAUCUGUAACCUGACCCCAGAUGCGUUGAGUCAGGAUGGCAUAAGCCACUGGAACACCAUCAAGUUUCAUGGCACCUGGAGGAGAGGCAGCACUGCCGGAGGCUGCAGAAACCACCCCAACACGUUUUGGAUAAACCCGCAGUAUAAAAUCACUCUGCUGGAGGAGGACGAUGAUCCGGAGGAUGAAGAGGUGGCAUGCAGCUUUCUGGUGGCUCUAAUGCAAAAGGAUCGGCGACGUUACCGGCGACAAGGCCAGGACAUGCACACCAUUGGCUUCGCCAUCUAUGAGAUCCCAGACGAGUACAGGGGCUGUCAGAACGUUCACCUGAAGAAGAACUUCUUCCUCACACACUCAUCCUGUGCUCGCUCUGAGACCUUUAUCAACCUGCGGGAGGUGAGCUCCCGUCUCCGCCUGCCUCCUGGAGAAUACCUCAUCGUCCCCUCCACCUUUGAGCCCAGCAAGGAGGCUGACUUUGUUCUGCGGGUCUUCACAGAGAAGCAGUCUGAGACUCAAGAGCUUGAUGACGAGAUCUCUGCAGACCUGGAGGAUGAGGAGGAGAUUACAGAGGAUGACAUUGAUGACUCAUUUAAGUCCAUGUUUGCGCAAUUGGCUGGAGAGGAUAUGGAAAUUUCCGUUCGGGAACUUAGGACCAUCCUCAAUCGAGUAGUGUCCAAACACAAAGACCUGAAGACUGAUGGCUUCAGUAUGGAGUCUUGCAGGACGAUGGUCAACCUUAUGGAUAAAGAUGGCAGCGCACGUCUGGGAUUGGUAGAGUUUCAGAUUCUAUGGAACAAGAUUAGAAAAUGGCUGUUGAUCUUCAGGCAGUUCGACCUGGACAAGUCAGGCACCAUGAGCUCCUAUGAGAUGCGUCUUGCUGUGGAAGCUGCAGGUUUCAAGCUCAACAACCGACUGAACCAGAUCCUUGUGGCCCGUUAUGCUGAGGAUGAAGUAAUUGAUUUUGAUAACUUCAUAUGUUGCUUGGUCAAGCUGGAGGCAAUGUUCAGGUCUUUCAGGGACCUGGACAAAGAAGGGACAGGAGAAGCUGAGAUGAAUAUAACAGAGUGGCUGUACAUGACUAUGUGUGGCUAAAGUGGACCAACACUUCCAUGACAAGGUCAAACUGAAGAUCCAAAAACCCUGCCAAGUGCCUCACCAGUGAAGCCAUGAAUCCUGAUCCUUAGCUGCAUCAAUAUAUGAGACCUCACAAUCGCCUUGUCUGGAUAAUCUCCAUAUAAAUCAGUGCUGUCUAUUUCAAAGUAUUCCCUGGCCAGGCAUUAUACUAUCAUGAUACUGAUAAUCACUUAUCAGUUAAUUUAUGCACUUAACAUUGCAAUAAGUAGAUUGGUACAAUGUGUAAAUAUCUAGGCACAAAGAGGAGAGUCACAGCCUGCAGUUUUACUCCACCAUGAUGGUAUAUAAGAGAGCUAAUAAGCAUAGAAUGAAUGCAUGGAGUAUUCAUAAUGCAUCACAAUGUGUUUUAGGUAGGUUUUUAAAAAAAAGUUCUUUUUUUUUUUUUACAUGUUCAUCCACUUAUUAAAUUAGAAAUAUUGUUUCAGAGACCUUAUGAAAUCCUUUUCUGAUACAGUAUAGAUUGUUUUCUUUAAUUACUUUUUACUUGUUCUUAAUCA